CACAAGACUGUAAGUUCAGCCACAAGGUUAAUAAGCACUUGGGAGUACUUGCAAUAAACUUACACAAAGAUGGUAUGGAACCGUUCGAUACAAGUGAUUUUUACAAAAUAAAAGGAGAUCCACGUGCUUCCGAUUGGUCGCGGGCUAGCAUUCUGUCCACGCAAGUCGAACCAUGGCGCUUGGAGCCUGCUACGCUUUAGUAUAAGAAAAUUGAGUUUCGCAUUUACUACUACCAACGGGUUUUGAUAAGAUGGCAAGUGCUUGAUCCUAAUACUUUCGGAUGAUUCCAGACACUGAGACACGUAUCCGAAUCUGUGGACAUAGAGCUCCAAGCAUAUAUAAUGUCCUUCUCCACUUGGUUUCAUAACUCUCUCUGUUCAUGCUCUCUCCCUCGUCCUAUUCCAUUUCCUCCCCCUCUGAAUUCAAACUUCCUUUCCCCCUUUCUCAAACCUAAUUUUCCUUCUGAAAUCCUCUCCUUUCUCCUGUUCUAAUGUUUAAUUCCUACCUGUUUCUCUCCCCUGUGGCUCACUUUCAUUUCCCUCUUGUUUGUUGUCUUCUACUCAUCUCUUAUUAAGGCUUCCUCUUCAACCCUUUACACAAUACAAAUUUUCCUCUGUUGGGUCAUUUUCUCACCUCAUUUUCCCCUUCUCCUCAAAAAGAAAUUCCAAUUCCCAUAGCAAAUACUGCCCUUAGGAGAGCGACCCAGUAACGCUUCUCGAAGUGUUUUUUUGGUUCCGGUUUUCCCUGGAGAGACUUUGUCAGCAUCCAUAUCAAGAAGGCCGGGUUUCCAACAAUGGUGACCACACAACCCUUGUCCUUGGACACCACCGACCGCCUCCGCGACGCCUCCUUCUCCUCCUACCUCAACUCCCCCGAAAAAAGCAUUAUGAGGAAACUAGCAGAGGAUCCCAAUUCCCUAUUCCUUGGAAGGAAGAAAGUGGAAGAGGGAGAAAUCGGCGUCUUCGGCGCCGAAAAGUACUUCAAUGGGCUAAUGGGUGAGGAAAAUCAAAGAGUUUCUAACAAUGUUAGUACCAAAACACAGUACCAGAAAAACGCACCGAUUGAUAUAAGUCAUUCGAAGCCGAAAAUCCAGCCGAGGACUCCAAGUGUUUAUUCUGAGUCAAGUUGGAAUAGCCAAAGUGGAUUGUUACAAAGUGUGAAAAGAAAUCCAAGUCAGAGGAAAGGGAAGAAGAGAAAUGGGAAGAAUUUUAUUUCCAGUUUGGGGUGCAGUUGUUCUUGUAAUGGGAAAAGUUCUGUUGUUGUGGAUGAGAGAGGUGAGGAAACCAAUUCCAAGAAAAGUCUCAGCUGUGGGGGAUUCCAAGGGAAAAUGGGUAAACAAGAAAGAACCAAGACCGGUUUGGACCCGGUUGAUUUAGCCCGGAUUAAGCAAUCCGGGUUGAACCCAUGGGUCGUGGAGGAAAUCCAUUGCAAGAAGAUUGAAGAGAUGGGAAAUGGGUUGAGCAGAGAGGACUGUUUUAGUUUCCCAAUCUUGAAUUCCACUCCAGGAGGAAAUCCAAAUCCCAUGAAUUUCCAAGAAAAUCAAGAUGGGAAACAAAGGAACAACUCAUUGGAGGUGUUUGGUUCUUCUGUUUUAGACAAGAGAAACCAGAACUUCUUGAUCCUCGAGGGGAACCCGAUAAUGUGGGGAUGGGAAACUGAUUCCCGGGCCGAGGAAUUCGAAAUCCCAAGAAGUUGUGACGCAAUGUACAACGACAACGAGAGCGAAGCGAGUUCCGAUUUGUUCGAAAUCGAGAGUUUCGCAAACAGUGGAAAUUCGUUUCUCGGGAGGAAUGGGUCUGAUGAAAUAUCGAGUAAUGUCACGCACACAACUUGUUAUGCCCCGAGUGAGGUUAGCAUAGAGUGGAGUGUUGUCACUGCCAGUGCAGGUGGAUUUUCCUCUGUGAUUUCUGAUUCCGAGGAAUUUGUUAGCAAUUCGAAAGGAGUUACAAAUCCUCGGAAAAUGGGUCCGGAUGGGAAAUUUUCCGUGGGGGGUAAGGAAAUGGAGAAGCGGCCGCCCGGGAAUCUGUUGGGUUGCAAGAGUUACGAAGCGGUGAGAGUUGCGGGAGACGCUUAUAUGAGAAGUAAAAAGGGAAAUCUUGACUCGAGGAGGCUAUACCGGUCGAGCCGAGAAGGAAAAGGAAAAUGAAAUUUAUGAUUCGAACAGAGCCUUAUUGGAUUUUUUAUUUAUGCUUUGUUUCAUUUGUUUUUUCGCUGUAAAUAGUGAGUAUGAGGGAGGGAUAUAUUAGCGAUAGCAUUGGUUGAUUAAUGUUGGGGAAAUAAGUUUGUUUACAUGUUUAGGUUUUGAAAAACUCGUCACUUGCCAAUAAAAAAUAAUCUCGUCGGGCCUUA